CACAGGGUGGACUACAUUUCCCAUGAGACCCUGGGAGCGCGCGCUGAAGACGCUGAGAGACAGCUUCCGGUCUCGCUAAAAGCUGCGUGGUCGACAACCGGAAGGCAGAGUGGACCUAUAUGAUUCCUUUAUUCCUGGGGCUGAUUGUCUUAUCAUGGCUGAAAAUGACAUAGAUAGAACCCAGACUGAGAAACUCCUAAAACGAGUACAAGAACUGGAGCAGGAGGUACAAAGGCUUAAAAAAGAGCAGGCUAACAACAAAGAUUCAAAUGUGAGAGAAAAUUCUUUAGCAGCUGGAAAAGCUAAGCGUGCAUUUGAUUUCAGUGCUCAUGGUCGAAGACAUGUAGCCCUAAAGAUAGCCUAUCUGGGCUGGGGAUACCAGGGCUUUGCCAGUCAGGAGAACACGAACAAUACAAUUGAAGAGAAACUGUUUGAGGCUCUAACAAAGACUCGACUAGUAGAAAGCAGACAGACGUCCAACUAUCACCGGUGCGGGCGAACAGACAAAGGAGUUAGUGCCUUCGGACAGGUGAUUUCUCUUGAUCUUCGUUCCCACUUUCUGAAGGGCAGGGCUUCAGAGGAUUGUAAUGGAAAAGAUGACAUCUACGAUGCUGCUAAAGAGAUUCGCUAUACCCACAUUCUCAAUCGGGUACUCCCUCCAGACAUCCGUGUGCUGGCCUGGGCCCCUGUGGAACCUAGCUUCAGUGCUAGGUUCAGCUGUCUGGAGCGGACUUACCGCUAUUUUUUCCCUCGUGCUGAUUUAGACAUUGUAACCAUGAACUAUGCAGCUCAGAAGUACGUUGGCACACAUGAUUUUAGGAACUUAUGUAAAAUGGAUGUAGCCAAUGGAGUUAUAAAUUUUCAGAGGACUAUUUUGUCUGUUCAAGUACAGCUAGUGGGCCAGACCCUGGAUGAGGAGACAUGGCAAGAACCUUUCCAGUUAUGUCAGUUUGAAGUGAUUGGCCAGGCAUUCCUUUAUCAUCAAGUCCGCUGUAUGAUGGCUAUCCUUUUUCUGAUUGGCCAAGGAAUGGAGAAGCCAGAGAUUAUUGAUGAGCUCCUGAAUGUAGAGAAAAACCCCCAGAAACCUCAGUACAGUAUGGCCAUAGAAUUUCCUCUAGUCUUGUAUGAUUGUAAGUUUGAAAAUAUCAAGUGGAUUUAUGACCGGGAGGUUCAGGAGUUCAAUGUUACCCAUCUACAACAACUAUGGGCUAAUCAUGCUGUUAAAACACACAUGUUGUAUAGCAUGCUACAAGGACUGGACUCUGUUGCAGUACCCUGUGGGACAGGACCAAAGAUGGAUGGAGUGAUAGAAUGGAGAAAUGUUAAGCCCUCUGUCAUAAAGCAGACCAGUGCCUUUGUAGAAGGAGUGAAAAUGCGCACAUAUAAACCCCUAAUGGAUCGUCCUAAAUGCCAAGGAUUAGAAUCCCGGAUCCAGCAUUUUGUACGUAGGGGACGCAUCGAGCACCCACCUUUACUCCACGAGGAAGAAACAAAAGCCAAAAGGGACUGUGAUGAUACAAUGGAAGAAGAAAAUACUCUUUUGGAGAAACCAACAAAGAGAGUCUGUGUUGAUACAGAAAUUAAAAGCAUCAGUUAA